AACACAUACUCAUUGAGGGCUUUAGUUUGUUGCAGGGGUUUGUCGUGCACGGUCGUGGGGGAUUUCGGACGAAUUUUACGGCAUAAGUUGUAGUUGGUGGUGUAAUAAAAAAAAGAAUAAAUAAAAAUAGAGUUUUGAAAAGGCUAUAUCAGCGAGUUUAAGCUUUAUAACCGAGUGUAGAAAAAAACAACAAAUCCCGCCAAAACAACUCCCAAAACAUUCAAACUGUUUUGUGGAUGUAUUCUGUUCGGAAGGGGGCCCGAUAACACAAAUACGGAAGGCCUAAGGAGUGCUUUAGCCCGUCUACGCAAUAGAACGGGCCCCUCAAUUCCACAACCAUCUCCACCUACCUCACCUCACCCCUCCUCAGCCGGCGUCAGUUGCGGACGCGAAUUGGCCACCAGUGUCACAACAGCAAAAACCACAGCAACCUUCGUCAGCAGUAAUGAAUCGAAUCGAAAUAGCGACAAAGGUUCCCCCCGUUCCUCGAGCGAAGCGAAUCCAAUGUUGCCGAUAACAGCGACCCACAGUGGAAUAGAUGAUGGCCUUCCCGAUAACACCUCCCCUACCCACUUCCAGUCUCUUAGAAAUGUCACCCCAACGAAAACAGUAGUUAGCAAAAACAAAAGCAUACCGAAAACUAGCAUCCCAACUUCGUAUAGCAGCACACGGUCGGCUGCAGUUAUGGCCCUGGCCUUGAGGAGCCAGACUCCUAGCGGCCAAGGCUCGGUGCCCAGGAGCUCCACAAACUGUCGACCGCAUUCGGCGGCCAUUAGCUCAGCAGAAUCGACCUUUUCCAACCAGCAGCGGCUGCAGCAACCAAUGACUGGUCUACAUUCGGAGCCAGCGCAAGUUUGUCUGGCAGCAGGAAGAUCAAAUGGUACCGCUGAGUUGAAUUCGGGUGGGUCCAGCAGCUCGGACAACGAUGGUAUUAACAACUCCACCUCCUCGUCUGCUACGGCUUUGCGCCGUUUCUACUUCAAAAGCGGCCGCAGCUCCAAAGCGAAAGCCAAUGCGAAAUCUUCCGCGACCAAGAGCAUCGAGGUGACCAACAAUUCCGUGGCCUGCAACGCGGGCAUCCUAUAUCACGCCUCGAUGGACAUGCCUCCUAACAACAAGUCCACGUCCAACAGUAAAGCUGUGCCCAAGGUUGUAGUUAUGGGCUCUUCCACUGCCUCGACGACCGACACCAUUAUCAACACAUCAACGGAUUCAGCUUCUACAAUGGUCACCAACGUUACCCAGACCGAUACCUCUGAAACCUGCGACUCUUUAGAUUUAGGUGACAAUUCUGGACAAAGUGAACCAAUAUUCAGUUCCCUGGAAGAGCCUCUACUUACCGCCAUCCAAGUUGACUCCGAGCAAGAAAUUACGGAAUUUGAAUUGACUAGCUGCUCGUCAUACUCGAGGCCUGAUGUAAAUCUCCAAGACAGUACAGAGGAGAGCCAAGAAUCGUGCCUUUCAAUACUGACCGGCGAAGCCACAUCAACCACACCUCUACUGUCGUCAUGCCGAAAAUACCCUCCAUCGACAUCAAGUACCACAAAGACGGAUAAGCCUCGGUUGCCCAGCACGGCGCCACCACCAUCAAGUGGAGGCAAACACUUCACAUUCGACCAGCCCGAAUCGCCUAAAUCCGCUCGAUGCAGUGACAAGUCACGCACUUGUUUCACAUUUAAGGACGAGAAGAGCUACCCGCAGCAACGGAAGUAUCAGCAAAGGCAUAACAAGCUGGGAGCCGGGACAUGCCCCGAUGCCGACUCAUUCGAAAUGCAUAAGUACGCCGGCCGCUUCCACGUAGAGCAUCCACACUUCGGCGAAACGUCCAAGAAGUUGGGGAACGAGGCCAAUGCCACGGAACGGAAUCGAUAUUCGACCGGAACACCAAUAGGCUCGCACAGAACAAGUCCGAAGCGGGAGCGACGACGUUCGCCAUCGUCUGCUACGUCGAAGGGGAAUUCUGGCCCACCCCCAACAAAAGACAGCAACCUUUUUGAAAACUCAACCACGCCGAUACGCAAGCAACUCUCUCCGACCACGCAGUCGCAACGCAAGUACUCCUCCAGUUCGUCCUCCGGGGGCAGUGAGCGAUACAAGGACAACAUUCUCUUCCCCUUCGACAGAGAAGCCCUUGACUAUGAGCGUAUACAGCGCGAAUGCUUCGCCGUCAAUGAAAACUCCAGUUCAUCGACCACAACCAGCGACACCGACGAAGCAGAGAGUUGCUCUGUCUAUGAGAGAGCCAAGCGCUGUGAUGCCCCCACCAACCCUGCAGAUUUCUAUCAACAGUACACGCUCUUGUCUCAAACGGAGCAGAAGCAGUUAUCCCGCAAGAACUCCAAACGUCUGCGUUCUGACUCCCUCGCACAAAAAUAUAUACCCAAAUCGGACGCAUUCUGUCCCAAAACCAACAACAGCUCCCCCACCCCUGCCAGUCACUCGCCCAACUCACACAUGGAAUUGAAAAAAUUCGAGGAUAUCGCCUCGAAAUUCGAACAAAUGGCCCCUAAGCAUGGCUCGAUUUCGAACCUCGCCACUAAACCGCCCAGCCCAGGCGCCCCACACAGCACCUCGAACUCCAAGGGCGCACCAAACCACCUCCACAACAACACUGAAUGCCUAUCGCCAGCUGCCAGCAGUCCAAGUCAGUCGCGCAGCAACACCCCACCCUUACCAAAUGUUCGCGUGGACUUCUUCGCGGAGAAAUUAUCCGCAAUGCACUCGCGUAAGAUAUCGUUUAAAAAUAAACCGAGUGUCGUCAUCCCAGCCAUUGAGGAAAUCGAAAGUGUUGCCGGCGGCAAUGCACCAACACACGACUUUUUGGACGAGUGCCAAUACAAUGCAGUGGCAUUGACAGGUCCCCAUAUGGCACCCGCAAACACUGCCGGCGGGCCCAUAAACGUAACAGCCAACCCAUUGGAAACAACCGCGGUAUGCCCGCAGCCACCGCGGGCCACCAUUGUGGUCCAGCAACCAUCGCUUAGCUUAGACAGUACAAUUGAAACCCUGUUGAUAAAAAGUGAAAAUGAUUUUAUCAGUGUCGAACAAGACAAGGAAUCGCAAAAUGCCAACCCCGUGAACGGUCGUAAGCGGAGUUCGCAACAGUUAAGUCAGGCGCCGGCUUUGGGGCAAUACAGCCCACAACAAAAGCGUGAUGACAACAUCAGGCAGCUAUUGGAUGUAACCAAUACACUAACACUGGAGGAGUUGAGAGAUUUCGAAAUGAGGUAUGGUUCGCCACAUCACAGCCGAUCGCAGUCAGUUAAAACUCCUGGCAGUCGGGCAUCUGGCAGACCAAAUCAGUUGUGUUUGCCGCAACAACGUUCAAGGGUGGCGUCAAUGCCGAACACAGGCGUCGAAGAAGAAUACUACAGACUAAGGCAUUUCUCGAUAACAGGCAAGGGUGUAAUAAAUCGCGGCGAUUCCUUAAAAAGCCGUCGCAGUCGAUCAAACAACAGUGUAGCCAGUUCAAAUUCGAGCAAUGAACAUCUAACCGCUCCGCCAGUAACUCAAUCGACGCGAAACUCCGCAACCCAUAGUUUGGCAUCAAGUCGAGAAAGUAGCACUUCCAACCCGGGCAAUGGCCCGUACAGAGUACUCAUGAUGGGGGGCCCAGCUGUUGGCAAGAGUUCUCUGGUUUCGCAGUUUAUGACAUCAGAAUAUCUGCAUGCCUACGACACCAGUAUUGAUGAUGAUUCCGGGGAAAAAUCCGUAUCCGUACUAUUGAGCGGCGAAGAAUCUGAAUUGAUAUUCAUUGAUCAUCCGUAUGCUGAGAUGACGCCCGACGAUUGCUUGGCCUGCUACGAUCCACACGGGUAUUGUGUAAUAUAUUCGGCAUCGGAUCGAGAAAGUUUCAAUGUUGCCGAACACAUUUUGCAAGUUUUGUGGACAAACCAAAACAUUGCCCAGAAGGCAGUAAUCCUGGUCGCAAACAAAGCCGAUUUGGCACGCAGUCGCCUUAUCAGUGCUGAUGAAGGGAAAGCCAUGGCAACAGCAUACGACUGCAAGUUCAUAGAGACCUCUGUGGGUAUAAAUCACAACGUUGACGAGUUGCUGGUGGGGUUAUUGUCACAAAUACGCUUAAAAUUGGAGAAUCCUGAAAAAUCCAGAGACAUGUUCCGCAAACGUUCCAUUCGUAAGUCCAAACGGCGAGCCUGUUCACCAUUGAGUGGGGCCUGUUUGAGUGGCAACGCCAAUGUAAAUACGCCCCUGGGACCGAUGGCCAAUGUUAUAUCGGAUGUUAGUACACCGCCAGGAAGUGCUCAUAGCAGCCCAAGGAAGUAUCGUGGGUCUCGCACGUCAACCAGUCUGAAGGUCAAAGGUCUUCUGGGACGCGUUUGGGCUAGGGACUCCAAAUCGAAGAGCUGUGAGAAUUUGCACGUUUUGUAAACUCAAACGACCACAAAUACAAUACACCAAAUGAAGGGUAUGUCAAACAUUCCUUUUUCGAAAGUAAGCCAGCCUGCACUCAGUUUCCCACGUUUGUAGUAAGGGACAGAUGGGCAAGAAUUGUGGAAAUGCAGCAACAACAUAGUUUCGCCGCCCAUACGCAGCUGCUUGAUUGUGGUCCAAUUAGUGCAGUUGCUUUUCAACUCCUCGCGGCCACGUGUCCCGUGCAUCCGGCCUUAACACUUAACUUACCAGUGUAUAAAAAGGUUACUAACAUUACGAAUUAAGUCGGGAAAUCGUCCUUGAAAUGGGUCCACAUCUAAAUAAUAAGCAUUAGACGUAAACACACUACACGUUAUUAUAUAAAUAAUAUAUUUA